AUGACUGCAAACAUACCCCUCUCUUCCAAGCAAAUCAUACUAGUGCUAUUGUUUACUAUGGCAAUUUCAGUGUUUCUCUUGCUUGAUACGUUUCGCCCAUCAAACAUCUUGGAUUCAUCAGAAACAACAACAACAACAACAGUUCCCUGCAAGUUCCAGUCUGAUCAACCUGCUGCAGACGUAGAUCAACAAGAGGAAUCUGAUAGCGUGCCGAGACGCUGUGUAUUCUUGGAUCUUGGAGCAAAUCGAGCAGAUACAUUAAAGGUCUUCUUGAAGGAGCCAGAUGCAAAAUUCAAAUACGACUUCCCAGUGCCAUUCUGGGCAACUCAUGAGACUUGCGAGAUCUACUUGUUUGAGGCCAAUCCUCUUUUCACACCAGCAUUGAAGAAUGCUUCUGUUGAAUACAAUGCAAAAGGAAUCAAUGUCACUGUUUUUCCCGAAACUGCCGUCGCUGCGGUCGAUGGGUCUAUAACGCUACACUUGGAUACUACUACUGUUGAGCACGACUUUUGGGGAAGUUCUAUUUUGGACGAAGAUUCCAAUCGUCCGUCAGUGGUCAUCUCGGCAAUAGAUAUCUCCACAUGGAUAAUGAAGAAUUUCAAGCCUCGAGACUAUGUUCUGGUCAAGAUGGACAUUGAGAAAGCUGAAUAUAACGUCUUGCCUCGUAUGCUUGAAGUGGAGGCAUGGAAGGUGAUGGAUGUACUGCUUAUUGAGUUCCAUGAUCCUCCACGUCUUAACAACGGUAUACGCGAUAUCGCUAUGGCAGCAACGGUCAAGCUUUCGGAACACGUCUUCAUCCCACACUAUGACUCGCCAUCAUAA